AUGCAAAUCGUAGCAUACCGGUACAUACAGACAAGCUGGUAAAGUGUGAUUAAAUAACAUGUAGAGCAAAUAGAUGAAAUCAACCCGUACCCAAAAAUUUAUCUGGCAGAAGAGCUAAGGUCAGGAAUCCCAUUGCUAAGGUAGAUCCUAUGCUAUGUGCAAUGUCUAAGGCAGACUACCUCAAGAAGUACCUUGGUGGGUCUGAAGGCUUGAACAAGGAGAAGAGACGAAAGAAAGUGAAGAAGCGAGCCAAUUUAGCCAUCCAUGAUGACGACAUUGACUGGCGAUCAUUGAUACCACGAGACCAACCAGAGACAGAGGAGGAAGACGAACCUGAUGAGGCACCACAAGUCGCGGAUUACAAGGACGAUAGCAUGUCCAAAGUUGUUAAGUGGCAGCCGGUCCAAUCUAGAUCUAGUGGCCCAAUGGUAGAAGACAAUGAUCUCAGCCCAGUGAGACAGGCUAGAAAGAGGAGGAUGGACUCACCUGAUUUGACCCCGCCGCGAGGUCGGAGAUAUGACUCUGAUAAUGACUUGUCACCACCAAGAAGAAAGAAGCACACGUCUGAUUACGGUGUGCGAGGGCCUUCUCGGAGGUCUAGGGGGAGACAUUCCUCACCACAGUUAAUAGAAAGGGGAAAACCAUCACAAAAAUUAAAUCCACCAAAGAAAGUUGAUAAUAGCCCCCCAAGACGCAACAGACACGAUUCUCCUGAUGUCAGCCCUCCCAGAAGAAAACGUCAUGAUUCCGUUGACAACAGCCCCCCUAGAAGAAUAAAUGACGAUUUAAGUACUCCCAGAGUCUCUGACAUAGCCCAACAUUCACCAGACCUCUCACCACAAAGAAUGGGGUCUAAGAAAACUGAAAAAAAAACUGACAGAAUGUCGUCCGGAGCUAGAGCAGGUCUUCAAAAUGCUCAAUUGCUUAAGGAGGAAAACGCCACUGUACGCAAACGUCAAGAAGAUUUCUUUAAGGGUCUUGACCCCUCAGUGUCUGGUAGGAAUGCAGAAACUGUGUAUCGUGACAAGCAGGGAAAGAAAGUGGACCCUAAACUAGAGAAACUGAAGCAAAGAGAGGCAGAGAGAGCUAAAGAGGAAGAGAACGAAAAGUUUAUGACCUGGGGGAAAGGGACAGCCCAGGCCCAGAGCUAUGAGGAGAGGCUGCAAGAUGACUUGUAUGAAAUGUCGAAACCCCUCGCUCGCUAUGCUGACGAUGAGGACUUGGAGAGAAUGCUCAAAGCAAAAGAUAGGGCUGGCGAUCCUAUGUUGGCCUUCAUCAAGAAGCCCGAGGGCAACACAACAAAGUCUAACAAGAAAACUAAGAAAGGGAGACCUACCUACAAGAAAGCUUUCCCUCCCAAUCGCUAUGGCAUCAGACCAGGUUACAGGUGGGAUGGUGUCAAUAGGUCGAAUGGAUUUGAGAAUACAUGGUUUGCUAAGGAGUCCAACAGUGUGGCCGUUGCUGAGGAGGCUUACAAGUGGAGUGUAGAGGACAUGUAGGAUUUCAUUAGUAUCUUUAUCAACAAUUCUUUUCAUAUUAAUUUCAUUGUGAUUGAACAAAAACCUGCCACAAUGUUUGGAGUGAAAAGGUUUGCAACAUUAUUAGAUGAUCAAUGAAUUUUCCACAAGUCUAUUAAAGAGAGCAAUUAACACUAUUUAGUUGAUGAGCUAGUGGUGUUACUAUCAGUCCCUGUUUUCUGGCUGCCUUCACUUGUCUCCUGCAUAUUAUAACCAAUCACAAACAUUAA